UCCUACCAUUGGUCUUUAACUCUUCCACGUCUUUCCUACUGUUUUAUGGCAAUUGUUUAGGAGAUUCGUUGAACUAACAAGCUAGCUAGACAACACACUAGAAUAAAGACUUGGAGACAGAAUGGCAUCAGAAUCUCCGCGCAGACCAAGCCGCUGUGCUGGAGGGGUUGUGGUGCGAGCACAAGCUGCCACUGAGCAGUCGUAUAUGGAGAGUGUUGUGACUUUCCUCCAAGAUGUGGUCCCUCAGGCCUACACUGGCGCACCCCCAACUGAUGAAAAAGAGAAAAUAGUUUGGGUCAGAUUUGAGAAAGCCGACAUCAAUGAUACGUCCCGCUCCCCAGAGUUCCUCGAGAUGCACAGUGGCAGCAGUGACCCUCCCCUCUGCCUCAUGAUUGGUUAUGCAGACGGGAUGCAGAUCUGGAGCAUAUCUCUGGGUGGGGAGGCCCAGGAGCUUUUCUCUGUGCGCCACGGACCUGUGAGAGCUGCCCACAUCCUGCCAGCGCCCCACAUCAGUCCGCUGAUGAUUGAUAGUUUUGCGGACAAAAGGCCUCUCCUGGGGGUGUGCAAGAGUACCGGGUCCUCGGGGACCAGCCCCCCAUACUGCUGUGUGGACCUGUACUCUCUGAGGACAGGGGAGAUGGUCAAGUCCAUCCAGUUCAAGACGCCCAUCUACGACCUGCACUGCAAUAGGGAGAUUCUAGUUGUCGCCCUGCAGGAGAAGAUUGCUGCAUUCGACAGCUGUACCUUCACCAAAAAGUUCUUUGUUACAAGCUGCUUUCCAUGUCCGGGCCCCAACCUAAACCCCAUAGCACUGGGAGGACGCUGGCUAGCCUACGCUGAGAAUAAGUUGAUCCGGUGUCACCAGUCUCGAGGCGGUGCCUGUGGGGACAAUGCCCAGUCUUACACAGCUACUGUCAUCAGCGCUGCUAAAACCCUAAAGACUGGUCUCACCAUGGUGGGGAAGGUGGUAACCCAGCUAGCUGGUACUCUACCCACUGGCACCCCCGACGAGGAGGGUGCUACCCCCCACAGCACCACCCGCCGAAGCCCCCAUGCCCCCGGAGUAAUCACCGUCAUUGACACACACAACGUCGGAGAGGGACAGGUCCUGGUGAGUGAGGACUCGGAUGGAGAGGGAGUGGUGGCCCACUUCCCAGCCCAUGACAAACCCAUAUCCUGCAUGGAAUUCAACCCCAGCGGUAUGCUGCUGGUGACUGCAGACACCCUGGGCCAUGACUUCCAUGUGUUCCAGGUCCUCACACACCCCUGGGCCUCCAACCAGUCUGCUGUCCACCACCUCUACACACUGCACCGCGGAGAGACUGAGGCCAAGGUCCAGGACAUCUGUUUUAGCCAGGACAGUCGCUGGGUGGUGAUCAGCACACUGCGUGGCACCUCCCAUGUCUUUCCCAUCAACCCCUACGGUGGUGCGCCUUGCGCCCGCACUCACAUGUCCCCCCGCGUGGUCAACCGCAUGUCCCGCUUCCAGAAGAGUGCAGGGCUGGAGGAGAUAGAGAAUGAACUGAACAGCAAGCAGGCUGGAGGAGGGAGAUGUAGCCCCAUCCCUGGGCUCUCCAGCAGUCCCUCGGGGUCCCCACUACACGGAGCAAAAUGCAGAAAGAAAAGAGAAAAUAGAGCUAAACUCACCAGCCAGGAGUCGUACAACAACUUCACCAACAACAACAUGGGUAACCCUCGUCUGUCCCCUCUGCCCAGCCUCACCAUAGUGCUGCCCCUGGCACAGAUCAAGCAGCCCAUGACCCUGGGCACCAUGACCAAGCGCUCCGGACCUUACCUCUUUGGGGCAGGAUGUUUUGCCAUUAAAACUCCAUGCAAAGCCAAGCCUCUCCCUCAGAUCUCCCCCAGUAAGUCCAGUGGAGGAGAGUUCUGUGUGGCUGCUGUCUUUGCUGCCUCACGCUCAUGGUACAUGACCAACCCCAACAUGAAGAGAGAGAAAGACCAGUCCAGCCGGUCAGUGGUGGAGUCCCUCUACAUCCUCAGUUGCUAUGGCACCCUGGUGGAGCACGUCCUGGAGCCUCGGCCAAUCAGCACGGCCCAGAAGAUCAGCGAUGACACACCCCUGGAGCUCAACACAUGUCCACGGGCCUGCUGGAGCCUGGCCAGGACUCCACUGUGGAAUGAGCUGCAGCCUCCCUUUCUCUCCAACCACCCUCUGGUGCUGGCCUCUGACCUGGUGCAAUAUUACCAAUACCUCCUGGCUGGAUUGGUGCCCCCUGGAAGCCCUGGCCCUAUCACGCGCCACGAGUCUUAUGACAGCCUGACGUCGGACCACAGCGGACAGGAGGACGAGGAGUGGCUCUCACAGGUGGAGAUAGUCACCCACACAGGGCCUCACCGUCGGCUGUGGAUGGGUCCUCAGUUCCAGUUUAAGACCAUCCACCCAUCUGGUCAGACUACGGUCAUCUCCUCCUCCUCCUCCGUGCUGCAGUCCCAGGGCCCCAGCGACAUUCAACAGCCUCUGUUGGACUUCCACACUGAUGACCUGGACCUACACAGUCUCAGGAUCCAGCCCGUGCGUUCUGAGCCGGUCAGCAUGCCUGGUUCCUCUCGGCUGGUGGCUGAACGGAGGGGACAGGGGACGGUCAUUGAUAUAGGAUCGGGGACGUUUGACCGCAGUGUGACCCUGCUGGAGGUGUGUGGAAGCUGGCCAGAGAGCUUUGGCCUGCGUCACAUGAGCUCUGUGGAGUCCACCGAGGAGGGGCUGAGAGAGAGGCUGGCAGACGCCAUGUCAGAGUCACCAUCCAGAGACAUAGUGGGCUCGGCUACCGAGCUCCAGAGGGAGGGCAGCAUUGAGACUCUCAGCAACAGCUCUGGUUCCACCAGCGGCUCCAUCCCCCGUAACUUUGAGGGCUACCGCUCUCCACUGCCCACCAACGAGAGCCAGCCCCUCAGCCUCUUCCCCUCCGGAUUCCCCUAGAGGAGACCGGGAGACAGCCUGCCUACCGCCCUACAAGACCUGGGGUCAAAUACUAUUUGAUAUCUUUCAAAUGCUUUGAGAGUUUGCUUUAGUCGGCCUGGAAUCCCUGAUGGGAGGGGACUACAUUUUGGAGACUGUUCUAUUGGUUCCAUUACGCCAGACAAGCUCAAUAAAUCCCAGAUAAAGUAUUUGAAAUUAUUUCAAAAAGUAUUUGAACCCAAGUCUGCUAACUACUGUCCAUCCUAGCGCUUCACACAGCACAGCCGGACAGUCUUGAUGGUCUCUCACCAUGUUGAUAUUCAUUGGGAUGUUAUUGUGAGCAGUGGUCCCCUCCUCUCUCUCUCUCUCCAAAUCCAGGAACUGUCCAGUGUUUCUCCCACCUGUCGAUGUGUUUAUGCUUAUGUGUGUGUGUGUGGGGGGGGGGGGGAAUAAUAUGUCACAACGAGUGCGUUUCAUUUUGGGUGUGUGUGCUGCUCCGUGUGAGAGAGAAGGCUGAGGCCGGGUGUAUUGAGUGAGCAGUGUGUGACUCAGUCCCUCCUGUGUGUGUGUGUAUAAAAAGUACUCUGAUCAUGGGUGUCCCAAAUGGCACCCUAUUUCCUAUAUAGUGCACUACUUUUUUGCAACAGAAAAGAGGUCUGUGCUUUAAUAAAAUAAAAGGCUUAUUCCUUUCUUGUAUACACACACCUCAAACAAAAGCACACGCUUGUACGCUGAAUAAUUACUUUGCCGACUUGCUUUUCUUAGUGAAUGAGUCAUUGCUGGACUUGACCAGACCACAUAGGACUUGAUAUGAAGUCUGAUCUGAUACACUAGUGAGAACAGAAAGAAAGGCUUAAAACAGACUCUGAAUAAUUGGUCACUAAUUUUGUGUUCUGUUUAAAAACACGAUACAAUCCUAGUCCUUUGUCUGGGGAAUGGAUGACUGGCUGACUAUAGGGGUCUGUUCUGAAAAAUGCAACGUUACAGGACUUUCUGGGAGAAAUACAUUUUAUAGAUCAGAUAUGUCCUGUAGCAAAAGGAGUCAUUGCAGAUCUAUAUAUUAUAUUUAUAUCUGCAAUGUUUCACCCUAUUGAACACAGCCAUGUUCCUGUAAUUCUGCAUGUUGAAUGAGUCGAUGGCUACUGAUGCUUGGUCACUGGCUAAUGUAACAAAAGGGUCAUGAUUAAUUGAUCCUUUUUAAUGCAGAACACAUGCUUAUUAAUACAUUUUCACUGUAAUAUUGAUUUUGUACAAUACUGAGUAGUUAUUUGCUAUACAUUCGUGUUAAUGAAAUACUGAAGACUUGGAAAAUAGUUUGCUGUGUUAUAUUAUCACCCCUGGAUAUUCAAUGAUUUCAUAUAUACUAAGUAAAUGGAACAGCUGCAUAGUCAUUGUUUUAAUCACGUGUACAAAAGUUAGCAGCUUGUGCUUCUGUAAAUGUAAAGAGACUUCUCGUUUAAUUUUAAAGAAAAUAAAUAAACCACACCAAAGCCAGUA